UUUUUGCUCACCUCCGCUCUGCGGGCGGCUCGGAGCUUGCGUGCCACAUCAGCACACGGAGCAGUACAAUGGAAAUCCAGUAGAGGAGACUUCGUAUUUUCUGCUGAUCGUCUGAUCAGACUCGUGGUUGAAGAGGGACUGAAUCAACUGCCCUACACAGAAUGCACUGUGACCACUCCAACAGGACACAAGUACGAAGGAGUCCGGUUUGAAAAGGGAAACUGCGGGGUCAGCAUCAUGAGGAGCGGGGAGGCGAUGGAGCAGGGCCUGCGGGAUUGCUGCAGAUCCAUCCGCAUCGGGAAAAUCCUGAUCCAGAGCGACGAGGAGACCCAGCGAGCCAAGGUGUACUACGCCAAGUUCCCCCCAGACAUCUACAGGAGGAAAGUGCUGCUCAUGUACCCGAUCCUGAGUACUGGGAACACGGUCAUCGAGGCUGUCAAAGUGCUCGUGGAACACGGGGUCCAGCCCAGCGUCAUCAUCCUGCUCAGCCUCUUCUCCACACCUCACGGUGCCAAAUCCAUCAUCCAGGAAUUCCCAGAAAUCACCAUUUUAACUACAGAAGUGCAUCCUGUUGCACCAACACACUUUGGACAGAAGUAUUUUGGGACAGACUGACAGUCUUGGAACAACUGGAUAUGACUCUAUGGCAUUACAAGAGGUUUUUUUUACAUUUUAUUACUGUUGAGUUGGUCAAGGGCAUGUUUAAAACCUUUUUGGCCAACUAACUUAGGUUAGUGCCGGCCUGAACAGGGAUCAGGUACAGUGACAAAGCACUCCGGUUACACGGUCAAGCAUCUCCAUGUUGGGGUUCUAUAACUGCCACACUCUGCUUUAACCUAUUUAUUAUUCUCCAGCCUGUCUGUGGCCACCUGCAAGAGCAAAAUAAACCAAACUAAACCCCAA